GCAUAGAAGCAACGAAAACGCGUGUGCUGUGCCGAUCGGUUGUGUGAAAUCUGCAGAGAAAGUAGUGGUUUGCUUACACCAGUAGGGUGGAAAGUGUAGGGUUAGACACACCCCAUAAAUACACAUCGACAAAGCGAAUGUGGAUGGUGUCCAAACGGUGAAAUAUUGUAGAGCAAGUGCAGCGUCUCGUUGAUGUUUAUCACAGUGAGGGUGCGGAACAACCAUUGAACUAUUGGCAGUGACCGAGCAGUGCAAGUGCAUCGGACACCCCUUCAGAUCAAAUUUAUUAUCUGUAAUUAAUGGAAACGGGUCGCCCUCGGCCCGAAUCGCCGGGUAACCAAAACUUUCAAGCUGGAACUCAUGGAAUUAGAAAAUAUAGUUGCAAAUACAGUUUAUCUAAAAGCGAGAGAGGGUGGUUCCGAUAGUAAUAAGGGAAAAAGUAAAAAGUGGAGAAAGAUAUUACAGUUUCCACACAUUUCUCAAUGUAUUGACCUUAUCAACAAAAUAGAUGUCCGCUACGAAUAUGUGGUAGACCAGCAGCCGAUCGGCAAGCUCCUUUUUGACCAGUGGUGCGAAGAGAAGGGGCCGCGCUACCACCGGUGUGUGAAGUUCCUCGACGCCGCCAAGCGUUAUGAGGUCGAAACCGACGAGCAGCGCCUGGAGCUGGCCAAUUCCAUCAAAAAAGAGUUCAUGGUCGGCGCGGAGGGGCAGGAAGGUAUCUCGUUGCCGGAGAUCGGGGUGGCCGUGUCCUCCUGCGAUAAACUCACCAACGGACACAAGGAUCUCUUUGCUCCGUGCAUGCAAGCUGUUAAAGACUGCCUGGCGGGAGAACCGUUCCAGGAAUUCACCAAGUCCAUGUACUUCCACCGGUACCUCCAGUGGAAGUGGCUGGAAUCACAGUCGGUCACCUACAAGACCUUCAGGAUGUACCGAGUUCUGGGUAAAGGCGGAUUCGGAGAAGUGUGCGCGUGUCAGGUUAGGGCCACCGGCAAAAUGUAUGCCUGUAAGAAGUUGGAAAAGAAGAGGAUAAAGAAACGAAAAGGAGAGGCUAUGGUCUUGAUAGAAAAGCAAAUCCUACAGAAAAUUAACUCGCGGUUUGUAGUGAAUCUCGCUUAUGCAUAUGAAACAAAAGACGCUCUGUGCUUAGUUCUUACUAUAAUGAAUGGUGGUGAUUUAAAAUUUCAUAUCUAUAAUAUGGGUGGUGAGCCCGGACUGGAUAUUGCGAGGGCUAGGUUCUACGCAGCGGAGGUUGUAUGCGGAUUAGAUCACCUACAUCAACAGGGCAUUGUGUAUAGAGACUGUAAGCCAGAAAAUAUACUUCUUGACGAUGCAGGUCAUGUUCGGAUCUCAGAUCUAGGUUUAGCUGUAGAUAUACCAGAGGGAGAAUCUGUUAGGGGUAGAGUUGGAACUGUUGGUUACAUGGCACCAGAAGUCAUAGACAAUGAAAGGUACACCUUCAGUCCAGACUGGUUUAGUUUUGGAUGUUUACUUUAUGAAAUGAUAGAGGGGCAAGCUCCUUUUAGAGCUCGAAAGGAAAAAGUUAAACGUGAGGAAGUGGACCGACGGGUAAAGUCUGAUCAAGAAAAAUAUUCAAAUAAGUUUAGUGAAGAUGCCAAAUCUUUGUGCCAACAAUUAUUAGCCAAGAGUCCACAACAGAGGUUGGGUGGGAAAGCGGGAAGGUGUGGGGCAGUGAUUAUCAAACAGCACCCAUUUUUCCAGCCUCAUAUUAACUGGAGAAGGUUGGAAGCUGGUAUGAUAGAUCCUCCAUUUGUACCAGAUCCUCAUGCAGUGUAUGCGAAGGAUGUACUAGAUAUAGAACAAUUUUCAACAGUGAAAGGUGUAAAUAUAGACGAAAGUGAUUCAACGUUUUAUAGUAAAUUUAACACGGGUUGUGUGUCUAUACCAUGGCAAAGUGAAAUGAUAGAAACGGACUGCUUCAGACAGUUAAAUGUGUUUGGUCCUAAUUGUUCUAGAUCACCUGAUUUAAUUUUGCAACCAGUAGCAGUUUCAGAAAAUGAAGGAUGUUUUCCCUUUAGGCGAAAGAAAAAACAACUUCCGAGGACACGACCUGUACCUAUCAACCCCGCCUUGUUACCUCAUUUAUCAGAGAGCUGAUAUCUUACUUAACUUUUCAAAUAUAUGUCAUUUUUUCAUCAUCUUGCCCCCUGUCUUCCCUCACAAUCACCAUUGAAGCUAAUGUGUCCAUCAUUGUAAAUAUUAAAUGUUGACAAACGCUUGCACAAAAUCUUUCCAUAUUGGUAGAUGAUCGUUCACGUUUUUUACAUAUACCAAAUAUUUUUUUUUAUAUAUAUACAUAUAAUGUACGUUAACUUGUGAUUUUGAAGUAAUAUACCUCUUUUCUAAGUGAGAUUAUGUUGUAGUUGUCAUCUGCUAAAAUGGGAAAACUUAGUUACGGGUUAGCUGCCACAUAAAUUUAGGGCGCUUAGCUGCUCUUAAAUAAAGUUUGGAAAAAUGUACAAAUAUUUAUUCUGCAUUUUGCAUUUAACAAGUCUUAAAAAAGUUUGAUAAAACUUGCCCAACACUUUACAUAAGAGCAGCUUUAUUUUGCGCAUUUGAAUGUAGAUUUCUCAUUCCACAAUCACAAUUAAUAUAAGCAAAAUAUCUAGAAUUGAUGUAUUAAAAAAAGACCAUUAUAUUGUUUAUUACAAUAUUUUGUCAGUGUUUUUUAUUCCUUCCUGAAGUAAAAACAUUUUUAAAGUUA